AUGGAGGCCAGGAAAAAUGAAAACAGUGAAGUUAUUUGUUUAGAAGAUGCCAUAGCGCUAGCUAAUUGUAAUAGAGAUAACACAUUGUCAAUUGACAAUGCAAAUGACAAAGUGUUUUUAAACCAUACAAUAUUAAUGGAUAAGAGUAUGGAUCUUUUUAACAUGGAUGUGGAAACGUAUCAAAAAAGUGAAUAUCAAAGAAUUUUUAAUUUGAACUCCCGAAAAUUUGUAGAAGACCCCAAAUUUACUUCAGAGCCAAAUGGCAAAGAAAAAAAUACCAAUCAAAAGAGGAAAAAAUCAAAAGCAGAGAGUGUGAUUGAACCUCAAAUGCACAUGAUAUUGAGUUUCUUUCUACCUUUUAUAGGAUGUCUUUCUUAUUUAUUUAACUUAAAAUAUGAUGAAACAACACCAAGACGUAAAUAUGUUAACAAGGCACUAUGUGUAGGUUGUGCUAUGAGUGUUAUAUACUCCUUUAUUAUAUGCUCAUUAUUGGGACAAUAUGUAUACCAGUAUAAUUCAGAAGAUUUGUAUGGAUAUACAUACUAA